UGUGCGGUUCGGUUGGCAACAACACAACGUCACCAUCGUGUAGUCGAAAACAGUCUCAGAAAAGUGACAAAUUGCACUAGAGGUACACCUCCGAUUGCGGUAGUUUAACGUGUCAACUGUGCAAGAAGGUAUCGUCUUUCAAAGUGCCAGAUAUCUUCUAAAAAACAUGGAGAAUCAACCCAGAAUGGACGUGGAAUCACUUCGCGCAAAACUCGCCGAACACGGUCAAGAGCAUCUCCUGGAGUUUUGGCAUGACCUCGACGCCGACCAGAAGGUCGCUCUCUACCGAGACAUCGAGAGCACAGAUGUCGGCGAGCUGGUGGGUCAUUUCAAGACGGCGAUGGAAUCUUCGAGCGACACAGAGAAAGUGGACAGCCUCAUGGAGCCGACGCCGUCUGAGUUUUUUGGGUCGAUGACAAAAGCUGGGAAGGAGAAAGAGAAAUGGUACAGAGAAGGCUUACUUGAAAUCUCAAAAGGUAACUGCUGUGUCCUUCUACUCGCUGGGGGUCAGGGUACCAGACUCGGAGUCAAGUACCCAAAGGGGAUGUACAAUGUUGGUCUGCUGUCUGAGAAGACGCUGUAUCAGCUACAGGCAGAGAGGAUACUACGAGCACAGCAGUUGGCCUACGACAUGUAUCGCCAACGAGGGACCAUCCCAUGGUACAUCAUGACCAGUGAGCACACCAAGGAACCAACAGAGGAGUUCUUCCGUCAACACAACUACUUUGGUCUCCAGAAAGAAAAUGUAGUCAUGUUUGAACAGAACAUGCUGCCAUGUCUUUCCUUUGAUGGUAAAAUUCUACUGGACCAAAAGUCAAAGAUAUCUCGAGCCCCUGAUGGCAAUGGAGGUCUGUACAGAGCUCUAGGAAACUGCCGAAUCCUGGAGGAUAUGGAGAGACGUAACAUCAAGUACGUCCAUGUCUAUGGGGUGGAUAACAUACUGGUCAAGAUGGCCGACCCUUGGUUCAUCGGGUUUUGUAGGUCAAAGGGAGCAAACUGCGGUGCAAAGGUGGUGGCCAAGGCCUUUCCAACAGAGCCUGUUGGUGUCGUCUGUCGAGUCAACGGUAAGAACCAAGUGGUGGAGUACAGCGAGAUCACGCUGAAGACUGCCGAGAAGAGAGAUGAGGAGGGGCAUCUUAUUUUCAGCGCCGGCAACAUCUGUAAUCAUUUCUUCACGACAGAUUUCUUGAAAGACCUUGUCGGAAGAUACGAGAAGCAGCUGAGACACCACGUAGCCAAGAAGAAGAUCCCCUACAUUGAUAACAGCGGCAACAGAAUCAUUCCGGAGAAACCAAACGGGGUCAAGAUGGAGAAAUUUGUCUUUGACGUCUUUCAGUUCUCAAAUAAAUUUGCUGUGUUUGAGGUCCUUCGAGAGGACGAGUUCUCACCCUUAAAGAACAGCAACACGGCCGAGAAGGACAACCCGACGACGUCGCGCCACGCCCUUCUGUCCCUUCACCAUCGUUGGGUCCUCAACGCCGGCGGGAGGUUUGUUGAGAAAGACGGAACGCCCAUCCCAGCCAUUCCAAGUCGGAGAGCUAACGACGUGGAUGACUACCCAGUAGUGUGUGAAGUAUCUCCUCUGUUAUCAUACGCCGGAGAGGGCCUUCAGGAGAUUUGCGACAAGAAGCAGUUCUGCUCACCGGUACUCCUCUCAGAAACUGACCAAAUGGAAAGUAAAGAAUCCGUUAUCGGAACCAAUUAAACCAACUGAAAAUGUCUUUACUAAGGCGUGUGUUUUGUUCAGCAAAGUUCAUGAAGCUAUGAAUAUUCAUUACAAGUUCAUCAAGUUCAGAGGUAGUUAACGAUUAGUCAAUGAACAAAAACUUCAUGAACUGUACAUAAAUAUUAUAGGCAUAGUUCUAUGACAGUAUGAGGUGAUUAUUGCACUAUUUGUAAGGAUCAAAAGGGUGAAAACAAUGAUGUUGCCACACUCCCUCGCAGUUUUUAAAUUCAUAAAUACAGAAAUUAGAAAUUACCAAUAAAAUUUCCUUACUAUUAAUGAAUAACAAUGUAUUUCCCUACUCUAUGCUACAACUGAAUUCACCCCCCAAAGCGUUGUCAAAUAGCACCCUCAUGUGAUGGAGAGUUGACCCUAUUGAAGAACAUGGAGUUUAUAUUUUGUACAUUUUGAUAUAGUGUUGCCGUUGUAGCCAGCAUGUUAUAAACCUUGUAUUCUUUUUAGAUAAACGCCAGUCAUUUUAAAGGCAACUUAAUUGUACAGUGAGAUUUUUAAUUAGGACCAAGUAGUUUGGCUGAUAAUGUGGCCAAACACAAAGUGACUUUUGUUUCGCCGGCAUUCCCAAUUUUUUAUCUGUUCGUCAAUUUUAGCAAGGCAGCAUUUUGAAAAAAAUGUAAGUUAAUUAAUGUACAUGAAAUAAUAGACGUGGCUUCUAGUAUAAUUUCUAAACUCAUCACCACUGUUACUAGGGCAUUUAAUUUAUUCCUUAAGUUUGUUGGUGCUAAGCAAGUUUUUGUGCUUACAGGCUUUAUGAAAUUUGGCAAAGGAUUUUUCAAUUUGUCCUCAAAAAUGGAAAUACAUUAUUUCAAUGCAAAAGUGUCAGUGAAUUGACUCACUGUUUACAUGUAUCUGUUCAAGCUGUUCACAAACAUUCCAUUUGGACCAUGUGAAGAAAGUAGAAUAUCACCCCUCCAAAACAAGUUUUGUUUUUUCAACAUGCUCAAUGCUAGUCUUGCCCCAAGACGGUAUCGCUUGAUAGUGUAUUGGAUAGUGUACUGCGCUCAGUUGUAACUCGCUAAAGCGCCCCCUCCUCUGACUGGUUUGUGGGGCAAGACUAGUCUCUGCUAGUUUUUUUAUUAUAUUAGCUCGCCAGACUACGACAGAGCCUAGUCUUGCCCCACAAACCAGUCAAAGGAGGGCGCGCUUCAGCGAGUUACAACUGAGCGCAGUACACUAUCCAGAAUGGAGCGGUAUCAUCUUGGGGCAAGACUAGUUCAAUGCAAACUUGUGAGUGUACGCAGGCAUGCAAUCACAUGUAUUCACUGAUCACCUGAUUCAUUCCAUUCCUUUUUGCAAUGUGUUAUUUAGAGCUGGGCAUCCAUAGAAACUGCAAAAACACUAGAAGUUAAUUUGUAAGCUUGUGUGAAGAGCCCACUUAUAAAGAAACUGAGCAAGCUAGGUACCAAAAUAAUGUCUUGACCCUUUUAUAAAAACCAGUCCUCAACAAUUAGUACUUAAACAUUCGCCACUUGUUUGUUCCCCGUCUAAUAAAACUGAUUACAUAUUCAUGUGGGUGUUGAAUAUUCAUUAAGGAAGUCUUGAACAAUUCAUCAUGCACCAUACAAACAGAUUCUGCAUGCACCACUUUUUCAUUAACUUUACAAAGAGGGAUAUCUCAUUGAGGUAAAUUAGAUACUAUAUUAUUUGAUAUCGAAUGAAAAAGUGGUGGCGCCAUAAGGAACCUUUUCCUUAAUUCUUUGUACAGACAUGAUAUUCGUUCUACUUUACUCUGUCUUCUAAUUUUUUUUUUACCCUAACAAAAAAAAAAAAAAAAAAAACUGUCAGCCAUUGUACUCGAUAAAUAUUAAGAAAGGCGUAAAAAGCAAUCAGAUGUAAAAACCAAUCCUUAAAGGAACACGUUGCCUUGGAUCGGUCGAGUUGGUCU